GGGGGUUGAGUUCCUUGAUACUGUACAGUAUGAGUAUGAAUACCGGUAAAUUACCUUACCAGGCUUACCCUGACCUAACCAUAACCUUACUGUCACUCGCAGGGAGAAGUGCUGUUCAAAGCUUUUUUGACCCACGCCACUACCAACGUGUUAAACACGGGGAGGGAUUUCACCACUUUAAAAAAAGCACAUCAACGCAUAACGGGGAAAGUCCGGGGGGGAGCAUUUUGAUUUUUUGCCCACAACUUGCUAUUUGCUCCGCAUGAGCGAGGAAAUUCCCGCGCCGGAGGAGGAGGAGGAGGAGGAGGUGCUGAUUGAGCAACCGGAGAAUGUCGGUGGCCUCAGACUUGAUCCGAAUUCUUAUACUGCGCAUCGCCUGCAUCAUGCUACCCCUGAACACUUACAUGUCACGACGCGACGGGUCUUUAUCGGGCCGAUACCUAUAGGUUGGUUAAAGAACCACCGGUCAGAGUGGUAUGGGCACCAUCGUCUCGGCGUGUUUGGGGCGGGAGAAAACCCGACUUUCUCUGCCGCGGAGGAUGGCUGCGGGGAACCAAUGCUUGGGGGUUUGAUACGGCGGGACACGAGCGAUUGGCGGACCGAGGGGGACGGGGGGGAGGGUUCUGGAGCUGUCAAUGGCGUCCUCAGGACCCCCGCCCCCCUCCCGAUACCGCGGUCUGAUACAAUGACCAACGAAUCGCAGGGGAGGAAAGGCAAAGGAAGGGCUACCAAUACGGAUGGGACUCGACAGCGACCUACGUCUCGGGGAUCACGCAAACGCUUGAAACCCGCAGACCUGAAUCGGGGGGAGUCGUUUGCGACGGCCAAUGAAUCUUGGGACUCUGCCGAAGAGGCACAACUCCUCGGGGAGCAGGAACAGGAAGAUGAAGAGGGUGAGAAUGCCCCGCAAAUGCGGAGCAUAGAGGGUUUGCACGUUGAGACGGACUUGGAAGGGUUUCCUGAAGAUCUUGUAAGUCAAGAGCCAGUUCCUCUUAGCGCCGGCAGCGACGUAGCAGCAAGUUCAGUUUCGCCGGCUCGAUCUCUGGAGGCAUCUAAUUCACUGGCAUCUCUAUUGAAGCACGAUGCACAGGCUCGAGAAAGAUUAUCGAGACAAGCGUCCUCCCGAGGGCGCACCCCGCCGCCGGAACGCAAGCUAUCGGGCAGGAGACUCGGAAUUCUCUCGAGAACCCGGGGCUCACGAUCGCUAAAGAAGAAUGCUACCGGCGGUUCUCCGCCCCCGCCUCCCCCGCCUCCCCCGCCCGCCCAACGUGUCGUUACCAAUAAGGAACGAGUUGCGGCAGGUCUAGUGCGCUUUAAUACAGCUGUAGAUGUCCGUGAGAGGGAUAGGGAGAUGCAGAUGAAGCUUGCUGAUCUCAGUCGGAGCAGGACAUUCCGUCAUAUGGGGCGAUAUCAUCACCAUUUCCGGAAACGGGAAGGUGAGAUCGUCAAGAUGGAGAAUAUGCUUGUCCGGGUGGAAAUAUCCGCUGCGCCCGUGCCUGGGGAAUACGACGAGAAUGAAAGCAUGAAAAUUGUCACUCAUUUAAGGGAGAAAUGGCGGGAAUUCGUCGUGGUCUGUCGGCAGACCGGGGAGAAGGAGACCCCAUUGGCCUUGCUACUUUACAAGAAGAGGGUUAUUCCGGCCAUUGAUAGGCCCAGGGUCUCCUCCCAUGGGGUGAUGGAGAUACCGCUUAAUCCGAAAAUUACCAAAGUCAAUCUUUACUCGACUUUGGACAAGACGCUGGUUGUUUGGUUGCCAUACAAGCAGGGGUCGAUCAUUUAUAUUAUGCGACCUCGCUGCAGUUCUUCAUCUGUGGAGUGGUAUACAUUUCUUCAGGGAGCACUAGGCUGGAAUAGCCCGGACAAACUGCUUAUAUGCGUCCCGGACUUGUCUCUGUCAAUCACGGUUGACAAGCCUUUUGCGCGAGUGCAGCAAAAAUUGGAGGAAGAUUCAGAUGAUGAGGCACCAAUAAGGGAGGAAAGGGCUGUCGCUAAGAACUUGCUGAACAGAAGUAUGCAACUGCUAGGAGGAGUCAAAGAAUGGGGUGAUAUCAUAGAACACUGGAAGCAGAGUGAGCGUAUGGGGCUAGCGUGGAGGCGUUACGAUCGCUUGGAGUGGGUCCAUGGAGUGAAUGAGCACAGGAUGUACGGAACCAUGGCUAUGCAGAAGACACAUGAGCUGGAGAUACGACCUAAGACUCAUUAUCCAACUGCAAUCAGAGUUGAUGGUGAGGAAAUGACGGAACCUGCUCCGGUUGAAGGGUUCCUGCUCCGGUUGACGUCUGGAAGGGGCCGCCAGGAGCGUCUUGGCGGGCCCUUUUAUAAGCGCUUGUACUUCACUACUCACGACAACCUCCUUUGCUUUUGCAAGCCUGCGAGAGCAUUGCCUCCGCCUCCACCAAAAUUGCGAGUCAAUACAGGGGUCAUUCCAAAGCUUAGUGAAAUCAAGGAUGAAAUCCCACUCAUAUACGCUGUAGCACCCUAUGCCCCAGACGCGGACGGAGACAUCGCCUGGAUCACGAAGGGCACGGCAAAAGAGAUUGGCGCCCGUGAUAGAGAUGCUUAUGAUGAAGGGGAGAGGAAGGUUAACACCCUACUUAGGGCUGAAGGGUUCAUUGAUCUAUGCAAGAUUGCCGAGGUAUGCUACGCCAAGCGGCAGCUACGAGGCAAAGAUGCUGGAAUUGGUCACGGCGAAUCGGCGGACUUUGACCGGUCUGUCCCGGAUCCAAAUCGUGGGGAUGGGGCUGUCGGCGAGGUUAAUGAUGAGAAGGCCUUCGAACUUCUUCUUGAUAAUGGGCUGACCUUGAGGUUGCAGAGUUAUGAUCAAAGGACCAGGGACGAGUGGAUGACAAGGUUGAAGGAUUUGGUCAAGUACUGGAGGGCGAGAGAUAAGGAGGAUUUGGCCACUAUCAGAAGGACCCGGGAUGCAAAUUUGAAGCAGCUGAAUUUGGAUGAGGAGAUGGAGUCAAUUGUUGGGCAGUUUGCUAGGAAGUGGGAGGUAUCUCGGUCGAUCGCAUCCGGGGAGAUAUUCAAUGUCUGCGGACUGUCUUCUUGCAGGGCUAUUACAAUGUCCGGCGUCCUAUAUCGCAAACCCCGCCGCCACGCCACCUUCAACCGCUACAAUGUAGUCCUCUGUCACGGCGAACUCCUAACCUUCCAUAACACCUAUCGUAGGAGCUCCGGAGCCGAGCUCCCGCACAUUCACCAAGAACGCCAUCUCUCACUCUCCCUCCGAGAUUGCUACGUCUACUCGGGCCUGAUAACGGAAGACGAACUCCUCUACCAAAACCAGACAUUUGACUCCAACACCCCGGGCCGUCAUGCACUUCCCCGAGUCUACCAGGACGGGAUGACAUCUCAUGACGGGGAUACAAUGACUUGCUUCGUAAUCUGGCAUGGCAUGAGGAGGAACAUUUUCAAGACCAAGGAUGACAGAGGUAAGACCGUUAGACAUCGUGUGACGGCGCUGGGACAGACGGGGAAGUCGAUUGUGUUCAAGGCGAGAAGCAGGCUGGAGAGGGACGCUUGGGUUAUGAGUAUUGGGAUGGAGAUUGAGAGGUUGAAUGCCACAACACCGGAGGAUAUCCAGGUUACAGCUUGAUUAUGCAUGCGUUCUCUAGGUGAUUGGGAUUUUAGUGCUUUCUUGCUUGUAGUUUUUUUUUGGGGGGUUUUCGAAGCAUAGCGAAUGGGUGUUUCCCUUCCUUUUUAGUGUAGCAGUUCUUUGUUCUUUUUUUCCUUUUCCCUCUCUUCGAGUAUUUCAGUGGAGGCUUUUAGCCUUUUCCGCUCACGUUCUUAGCUUAGUGUAAAUUAAUAGUCUAAUGAGGUCGGGUAUAGCGUCUAAUAUUAAUAUUAUACUUAUCAUACAAAAA